CUUCCCCCACAUUCUCAUUCUCCCAAACAACCACAACCCAGCACCAGAAUUAAGCCGGCGAGGAAGCCGCAUCACAUCGAACGUCGUCAUCUCCACAGCCGAGUGAAAGGUCAAGAUGCCGAAGAAUAAGGGAAAGGGAGGUAAAAAUCGGAGACGAGGAAAGAACGAGAACGACAAUGAGAAGCGCGAACUCACAUUCAAGGAGGAGGGCCAAGAAUACGCCCAAGUCCUGAAAAUGCUGGGCAACGGCCGACUGGAGGCGCUCUGCUUCGACGGCAGCAAACGCCUCGCCCAUAUCCGCGGCAAACUGCGCAAGAAAGUGUGGAUCAACCAGGGCGACAUUAUCCUGCUGUCGCUCCGCGACUACCAAGACGAAAAGGGCGAUGUCAUCCUCAAGUACUCUGCCGACGAAGCGAGAAGUCUGAAGGCGUACGGCGAGCUGCCGGAGAGCGCGAAGAUCAACGAGACGGAUACCUAUGGUGGAGACGAGGAGGGUGGUGUUGGCUUCGACUUUGGAGAGGAUGACAGCGGCAGUGAGAGUGGUGGGGAGAUUGACGUGGAUGAUAUCUGAGGGGGUGAAAAGGGGUCGUUGUUGUGCUGCUUGCUCUACUGGGGUGGUUUCGAGGGAGUUUGGUCGCAGCUGGGGUUGAGCAUUCUUCCUAACUGUGAUUUGCGGAGGACAAAGCAUGGGACGCAGAAGCCAUGAUGCGCACCGGAAGAGUCCUGCGUGCUGCUACGCACAAGGGCUCGGUGUGCACCAACUCUCCGCGAGAGGAGAGGCUGAUGACGCGAACCAUGCUGUGGCUCUGCUGCAGAAUGCGCACCGGUGUUGUAGGAAAAUGCCACGUUCUGAUGACACACACACAUCCUCUGCAAUCCAUUCUCUACAUCUCCUCAUGCUAUCUACACAUACUGCCAUGUAAAUCCUCACGGAAUCGUCUCUCCUCACCAUCUUCCGCCAUUUGAGUUUGGAAGGGAAAGCUUGUGCGAGCCCGGGGCCUUGGCAAGCAACGUCAGUCGACUUGCACGCCGAGCUCUUGAUUGCGCUCCGCCACC